AUGUCAUCUACCAAGGAGAAGGAAAUCUGGGAAGCUCUCCAAGGUCUUAGUAUUGGUUCUGAUGGUGAAACUUGGAGAGUUCAUCAAGAUGCUCAACAACAGUUCACUAAGGAUCAUCGAUUAUGUCUGGUAGCUCGUGGUCUCAAUCCAGAUCAUCAGAAGCCUGCAGGUAUUAAAGCUAUGCUUCCAAAAGCUUGGCUCUUAGAGGAUAUGGUUGAAAGCCAAAUCAAGGAUGACGGUACCGUAAAUUUUUAUUUUGAGAAAGAGCACCAGAUGCUGAAUGUUCUUGAAAAAGGCCCCUAUCAUCACAAGGGAUGGAUGGUUGCAUUGGAUAAAUGGGGAUACAGAUCAUAUCCUACUUUUCUCAAGCACAUACCUUUUUGGAUUCGAAUCAAAAAUCUACCUGCGGUCUACCGAAGAGAGGGUAUAGUAAAGAGUAUUGGUUCGAGGCUGGGACAAGUUGACAAAGUUUUAAUCAUCCAACCUACAAUCAAUCGAGCAGCCGAUGUUCGAGUUAAAGUGGAUUUUGAUGUUGACAGUGAAAUUACUCUGGCUAGAAGAGUUCAAAUUCUGGAUAGAGGAGAUCCUGUUGAUCUGCAGUUUCGAUAUAUCGGACUUCAGAAGUUCUGCACCACUUGUGGUAGUUUGAAGCAUAGCUUUGAUAUGUGCAACAAGCCGAUUUCUCUUACCCCUAAUACGGAAGCUUUGAUGAGUAUUGGUAAUAAUCCUUAUCUUGCUGUUAAAGAGAGGAUGGAAGCUAUUACAGUUUUGAAGGCAAUUAAAGAGGUGGGAGAAAACUCUGGUACUCAACAGAAUCAACCUCUUCUGCUUCCUCAUGCUGGAGAUACUAGAAUGGAUGAGUCAAGAACCGCUGCUCAAGAUGAUCAUCAUAUGGGACAGAAGCGAAAUGAAUCUACUACAGAUGUAGAAGUCACCAGUCAGGGUGUAAAGAGGAGGUCCGAUGAUGUGGUUUUCAUGGAGGAAUCAUCAUCUAAGAAGGCUGCUGGAACUGUAGAUACUGCUAAAGGUUUGGUGGUUAGCCUGAAACCACCACAGCAGCCAUGA